AUGACCUGUUUGGUGUGAUGGUGACUGAUAAUAGGUGGAAUGAUUUUCAUCCAAGUUGCAAUUACCUCUCCUCUUAUUAGUCAACGGAAUACGUCCUUGGCUCUGAUAUUGCUCGCUUUCGUCUCCACAGUCUGUUGGAUUCACUGCUGUACCGUUGUUACUCGUCGCUGCAAUUUGGUUUCUUGGGUUCGGCCUUUGCUUGUGCUUUAUAUGCAUCUGCCACUUCUGCUUGCGCCGACAGCACUACAGCUACUCAAGACUCACCUACGGCCUCUCCCUUGGAUUUCUAAUACUCUUCACCAUAGCCGUGCUAACAGGAAGCAUUGUCCUGCACACAGGACAGGGAAUGUUCCAUGGAAGCACCGAAAGUACUAUGAAAUAUGUCGUGAAACAAGCCGAUGAUACGGCCAGGAAGCUGAGGAACGUGAGCGACGACCUCAAUGCUGCAAAGGGGAUCGAAAUGGACCAAAUGUUUUUGCCAUCUCAGGUUCAGAACAACAUUGACAGUGUCACGAAGAAGGUCAAUGCUUCUGCUAGCACACUUCAGAGCGAAACCGAACAUAAUUCACAUAAGAUACGACAUGCCCUCAAUGUGCUAAGGAUAGUUCUCAUCACAAUUGCAGCUGUCAUGCUCCUCUUAGCUUUUCUGGGAUCCCUUCUAUCGAUUUUGGGGUAUCAGUCACUAGUGCCAAUAUUGGUGAUUGUGGGGUGGAUCCUGGUCGCUCUUACAUUUAUCUCGAGCGGUGCAUUUCUGGUGCUUCACAACUUGAUGGGGGAUACCUGUGUCGCAAUGGAUGAGUGGGUUCAAAACCCUACUGCUCAUUCUGCACUGGAUGAUAUUCUCCCCUGCGUGGACAACGCAACAGCUCAGGAAACCUUGUACUGGAGCAAAGAUGUUAGUUCCGACCUGGUCGGUUUAAUCAAUAAGUAUAUUGGUAAUGUGUCCAAUUCGGACCCUCAACCGAGCAUUAGCCCUUCCUAUUACAACCAGUCAGGCCCACUGGUCCCACUACUCUGCAGCCAAUAUCAUCUCAAUAGAUCUGAUCAGGAGUGCACCGGUAGCGAGGUUAACUUCGACAAUGCAUCAGAGGAAUGGAGGAAAUAUAUCUGUCAAGUUUCGGAGGAUGGAAUUUGCACCUCGGUGGGCCGGUUGAGGCCAGAAAGUUACAACCAAAUGAUGGCUGCAGUGAAUAUAAGCAACAGCCUAUACAACUACGGCGCAUUCCUGGUUGGCUUACAAGAUUGCUCACUUGUUCGAGAGACCUUCCGCAAAAUCACCCGAGAUCACUGCCCUCGCCUGAGGCUCCACAGCAAAUGGAUCUAUGUCGGCAUGGUCAUGGUUUCCUCUGCAGUCAUGCUCUUGCUCAUCUCCUGGGUCGUAUAUGCGAGGGAUAAGCGGCACAGGAUGUACAUGAUGCAGAUGGCUCGGUUCGUAGCUUUUUCGAAUCAAGACCAUUCUUCAAAAAUAGUAUCUAGCCAGUAGUUGAGAUUCCUACCAUUGAUCAGAUCUAUUUACCUUCUUUAAUUAUUUCCGUUUUUGCAAGUGAUAAGAAACUCUUCAUCCGUACAAAUUUAUGCUAGCGAUUAAGCAAAAUGCUGUCACGGAAAAUUUACUCUAGUUGUUGCAAAAGGGAAGGAUCCUGAUUAACCACAGAUACUCGAAACAUUUGUCGACUCUGAACAUAUGGAUCGAAAGUGUGACUGCUUAACAAAUGGUGUAAAGAUCAAUCUGGAAUAUGGUGUGAACAAGGAUUUUAU